AUGGCAUCAACUGAUAAUUUAAAUCAGCUGGAACCAAAUUUUAUGUAUACACAGAUAUUCAAGGAAAUUCUUCUUGAUAUGCAACAUGAUGAACAGACUAUCAAAGACUUUAUUACUUACUGCCGACGUCAUGAUUAUGUGUCCUCAAUUAAUAUCAACCGUUUUGAGACAGAAUAUCAUGCUGAACUCGCUAUUUGGUGGUAUACUUUUCCAUCCAAUAUCUUUUGUAUGCUCAAUCAAGCACUUCGAAUAUUGGACGCCGAUAUAAUCAUUAAUAUGGGGUUCUUUCUACGUGAUGUACAUCAACAAAUUCAACAGUUAUAUGAACAACAGAUCAGCAGUUAUGAUGGAAAGUCUUUUGUAGUUUAUCGAGGGCAAGGUCUUAUGAAGUCAGAUUUCGAAAAACUUCAGAAAGCAGAAGGUGGGCUAAUGUCAUUUAACAAUUUCUUGUCCACCAGUAUAGUUAAAGAAGUAUCCAUCAGUUAUGCUCACACUGCCAUAACAGAACCGGACAAGGUUGGCAUUCUUUUUAUAAUGUCCAUUGACCCUUGUAUUAAAUCAACACCAUUUGCCUCCAUCAAAGAAGUGAGUGCCAUUAAAAGUGAAGAAGAAAUUCUCUUCUCAAUGCACACCGUCUUUCGAGUGUGUGCAAUUAAACCAAUGGAUAAUAACAAUCAACUUUAUCAAGUUGAAUUACAAUUAACAUCCGAUGAUGACCAGCAACUACGGUUACUUACUGAUCGGAUACGAGAAGAAGCUGUUGACAGUACUGGAUGGAAAAGAUUAGGUAAACUAUUGCUUAAAAUUGGUCAAUUUAAUAAAGCUGAAGAACUUUAUAAUGUUUUACUUCGUCAGACAACUGAUGAAAGUGAAAAAGCGAUUUAUUAUCAUCAGCUGGGAUUUGUCCACUGGAACCAAGGCGAUUAUGAAAAAGCUAUUUGGUAUUACGAAAAAGCACUUGUAAUUCAACAAAACACUUUUCCUUCAAAUCAUCUUGAUUUGGCUACUUCAUACAGCAAUAUCGGUUUGGUGCAUACAAAGACGGGACAGUACUCGAAAGCACUUUCGUCUCAUGAAAAAGCUCUUGAAAUUCGUCAAAAAACUCUGCCGUCAAAUGACCCCUCAUUAGCCACUUCAUACAACAACAUCGGUAAUGUGUAUACAAAAAUGAGAGAGUACUCGAAAGCACUUUCAUUUUACGAAAAAGCACUUGAAAUUUUACAAAAAGCUCUUCCUCCAAAUCAUCCUUCAGUGGCUACUUCAUACAACAAUAUCGGCAAUGUGUAUAACAAGAUGAAAGAGUAUUCGAAAGCACUUUCAUUUUAUGAAAAAGACCUUGAAAUUUGUCAAAAAACUCUUCCUUCAAAUCAUCCUCAUCUAGCUACAUCAUACAACAACAUCGGCAGUCUGUAUUACAAUAUGAAAAACUAUUCGAAAGCAUUUUCAAAUUUAGAACAUGCUCUGGACAUCAAGCAACAUGCAUUGCCUCCAAGUCAUCCUGAUGUUAAAGAUCUGAAAGAGAGUAUUGAAAUUGUAAAAAAGAAAUUAUAA